CUUAAGGCGGCGGCCGCCCGCAGGCCGCACUCUGCACGUCCGAGCCGCCCGCGGGGUUCGACUGCUGGCCGCGCCCACCGAUUCCUUUCUCCAGGAAGAAAAAAUGGCAUCCGUUGCAGUGGACCCACAAUUGAGUGUGGUGACUAGGGUCGCCAACCUUCCCUUGGUGAGCUCUGCAUAUGACCUCAUGUCCUCGGCUUAUGUCAGUACAAAGGAUCAGUAUCCCUACUUGAAGUCUAUGUGUGAGAUGGCAGAGAAGGGUGUGAAGACCAUGACCUCCGUGGCCAUAACAAGUGCUCUGCCCAUCUUCCAGAAGCUAGAGCCACAAAUUGCUGUUGCUAAUACCUAUGCUUGUAAGGGACUAGACAGGAUUGAGGAGAAAUUGCCUAUUCUGAAUCAGCCAACAACCCAGGUUGUUGCCAGUGCCAAAGGUGCUGUGACCACUACUGUGACUGGGGCCAGAGUUUCUGUAGCCAACACAAUCACAGGGGUGGUGGACAAGACCAAAGGAGCAGUGACUGGUGGUGUGGAGAAGACCAAGUCCAUGGUCAAUGGCAGCAUUAACACAGUCUUGGGAAGUCGGAUGGUGCAGUUUGUAAGCAGUGGAGUAGAAAAUGCACUCACAAAGUCAGAACUGCUGGUUGACCAAUACCUCCCCCUUACUGAGGAAGAACUAGAAAAAGAAGCAAAAAAAGUUGAAGGAUUUGAUGCGGUUCAGAAGCCAAGUUAUUAUGUUAGACUGGGGUCCCUGUCUACUAAGCUCCGCUCACGUGCCUACCAGCAGGCUCUUGGUAGGGUUAAAGAAGCUAAGCAAAAAAGCCAAGAGACCAUUUCUCAGCUUCAUUCUACUGUUCACCUGAUUGAAUUUGCCAGGAAGAAUGUGCAUAGUGCCAACCAGAAAAUUCAGGAUGCUCAGGAUAAGCUCUAUCUCUCGUGGGUGGAGUGGAAGAGAAGCAUUGGCCAUGAUGAUACUGAUGAGUCCCACUGUGCUGAGCACAUCGAGUCACGUACUCUUGCUAUUGCCCGCAACCUGACUCAGCAGCUCCAGACCACAUGCCAAAGCCUCCUGUCCAACAUCCAAGGAUUGCCACAGAACAUUCAAGAUCAGGCCAACCACUUGGGAGUGAUGGCAGGCGACAUCUACUCAGUGUUUCGCAAUGCUGGCUCCUUUAAGGAAGUGUCCGACAGCCUCCUCAUUUCGAGCAAGGGGCAGCUGCAGAAAAUGAAGGAAUCUUUAGAUGAUGUGAUGGAUUAUCUUGUUAACAACACACCCCUCAACUGGCUGGUAGGUCCCUUUUAUCCUCAGCUGGCCGAAUCUCAGUAUGCUCAGGACCAAGGUACAGAGAUGAACAAGAUCAGCCAGGAGGCCCCUCAAUCUGAGCCUAAAACUCAAUAAACCUGUUGCUGUCACCAGCGCAUGACACAGCCAGCCAGAUGACACCUUUUCAUAUGUUGAAAUUAACUUGCUAGACAACUCUAACUUGAGGAAUCUGUUACCUAGAAAAGAGAGUCUUUCAUUAUAGUAAUUUCUAGCUAGAGUAAGAACUUCAAAAUUUCCAGUACUUGCAAAUGAGUCUGUUUACCCAGCUGAUUAAAAAAAAGAACGAUAGAUUUGUCAGAGGCCAGCCAGAACUUGCGAAAAGUUCAAGUGCACUUUUAUCUCCUUCUGUGACUGUUUUGUUGAUGCUCUUACCAUCUGUUUGUAUUGAAUAAAAGCAUUUUCAUAUGGGCUGUGGUAUAAACUGGCAUCUGCUUCAGUACAGCCUGAGCAGGACUCGUGACUGGUUAUCUCUUAAUGCAUGCUUGUACAACUUGACUGCAGGUUUCUAUUCCUUAAAAGGGGCUAUACUACCUUUGAAUCAAUAAAAUUCACUCUAGAUCAGUA